GGAGCCAUCAACCCCAUGUUGUAUCACUUCCUCGUAACUUUGCUAGCUGUUGAUUCACUAAUUUAGCUACACAAACUGCCUGCAGUUCCCUCUGUUAGUGAAAGCGCUAUUUUGUUUGUCUCUGCAGGAGUUUGUUGCUGUGCGGGUCCAAGACCCUCGGGUUCAGAAUGACGGCUCUUGGAACUCGUACGUGGAUUUCAGGAUAUUCCUUCACGUGAGUAUCCAUUCACCGUCUAAACGCGACAAAGAAGCCGUUGUCUCAAUGAGUGCAUAUGUCCUUAUUAGAGCUGUAGAUCCCAAGUCAUCGGAAAGGGCUAGUUUGAAAUUACUUAAGACUCUCAUUAUGUGCAUUUGUCAUAGAUGAGUCAGGACCAGGAAAAAUAAAUGACUACUCAGUCACCAAAUGGACCUACAUGAUAUCACUAAAGUGGUUGGCCUGUGGGUAGGAAUGCUGGGGGUGAUGGAAAGAUCAGUCUUGUACUCUAUUCCUUAUAAUGCUCCUUUUAAUAGAAGCAGAGACAAAACCUCUGACUUUCAAACGUUUAUCCACCAGAAGUGUCAUAAUAAAAUGCACUAAAAUAUGAAUGUUACAGAAUGUUCUACAUAUACUUUCCAACCAGCACAUGACUCCCACAUAUCAACUGGUCAUUUUCCAUAGCUGCCCAUUACCCUCUUCACACACCGCACACAUUUUCUGCUCUCUCCUUAUCGUUUCGGGCACUAGAGGCCCAGCUCAAGGCCGAAUUCUUGCUUCUAUUCACUCAAAAGUAUUUUCAAUUCACAUGCUUAUACACAUGACGUUUCCCACUACAUCUAAGUUACAUUUCUAAAUACUAAUAAACACUGUAUGAUCAACUAGACAAAUUACAUUAUGAAUACAUGGUUGGACACAUGAAUAAAUGAAUAUACUUGAUUAACUGAAUAAGUUUACAGAACUCCAUAGAGGUAAACAACAUUUGUUGGUAUGAAUUCUACAAUGAUAUGUGCCUUUUGAUAAUCUCUUCUGUUGACUUUUCUCUCCCCAUGAUAUUUGACUCAUGGUGAUGAAUUGCUAAACCAGCAUCAAGCUAUUUUGAUGUAGGCUGAUUCUCGAAGCCAUAACCACAUUUUGCGCUGGCUAGCUGGAGAAACUGGAGGCUUAAAGGUAGACUCAGCGAUAUGACGUCGAUGCAGAAAGUAAACAGCAUACUGGGUCAAUCUCCGCAACAACUAAGAGCGUUGAAGCGCGAGGCUCGACUUCUCCGCUGUUUUGGUGCCCUGGCUACCACGCUGUAACAGCGUGAAGUGAACCCGUGCACAUGCGCAGAUAUUGUGUGUGACUGUGAGAGCGAAGUCUUGCAUCUCGCUCAUCUCAAUAUCUGCCGUGCUGCUCGUGGCAACGUCAUUUUGCUGAGUCUACCUUUAACAUUGGAAGGCUUCGUUCAAAUUGCUUGACAGUCUAGUAUUGACUUUGUUCUCUGUAAACACAAUGGAAUCCAGCAGUUCAAGUUCUUAAUCUGUACGAUCCUUGUCCCUUGUUGACAUUAGCCUAUCUCCUAAGUAGAAUGGAUUCGGGUGCGUUGCUUGAUUCAGUCAUCAGAAGGACAUAAUGCAGAAUUUAAAAAAUAUGUAUAUAUACAGUACCAGUCAAAAGUUUGGACACCUACAUAUUCCAGGGUUUUUCUUUAUUUUUACUAUUUUCUACAUUGUAGAAUAAUAGUGAAGACAUCAGAACUAUGAAAUAACACAUAUGGAAUCAUGUAGUAACCCAAAAAGUGUUCAACAAAUCAAAAUAUAUUUUAUAUUUGAGAUUCUUCAAAGUAGCCACCCUUUGCCUUGAUGACAGCUUUGCACACUCUUGGCAUUCUCUCAACCAGCUUCAUGAGGUAGUCACCUGGAAUGCAUUUCAAUUAACAGGUGUGCCUUGUUAUAAGAUAAUUUGUGGAAUUUCUUGUGUUUGAGCCAAUCAGUGGUCUUGUGACAAUGUAGGGGUGGUAUACAGAAGAUGGCCCUAUUUGGUAAAAGACUAAGUCCAUAUUAUGGCAAGAACAGCUCAAAGCAAAACAAACGACAGUCGAUCAUUACUUUAAGACAUGAAGGUCAGUCAAUCCAGAAAAGUUCAAGAACUUUGAAACUUUCAAGUGCAGUCACAAAAACCAUCAAGCGCUAUGAUGAAACUGGCUCUCAUGAGGACCGCCACAGGAAAGGAAGACCCAGAGUUACCUCUGCUGCAGAGGAUAAGUUCAUUAGAGUUACCAGCCUCAGAAAUUGCAGCCCAAAUAAAUGCUUCACAGAGUUCAAGUAACAGACACAUCUCAACAUCAACUGUUCAGAGGAAACUGCAUGAAUCAGGCCUUCAUGGUCGAAUUAAUGCAAAGAAACCACUACUUAAGGACACCAAUAAGAAGAAGAGACUUGCUUGGGCCAAGAAACACAAGCAAUGGACAUUAGGCCGGUGGAAAUCUGUCUUUGGUCUGGAGUCCAAAUUAGAGAUUUUUGGUUCCAACCACCAUGUCUUUGUGAGACGCAUAGUAGGUGAACGGAUGAUCUCCGCAUGUGUGGUUCUGACGUGAAGCAUGGAGGAGGAGGGGUGGGGGUGCUUUGCUGGUGACACUGUCUGUGAUUUAUUUAGAAUUCAAGGCACACUUAACCAGCAUGGCUACCACAGCAUUCUGCAGCAAUAUGCCAUCCCAUCUGGUUUGCGCUUAGUGGGACUAUCAUUUGUUUUUCAACAGGACUCAGAACACACCUCCAGGCAGUGUAAGGGCUAUUUGACCAAGAAGAAGAGUGAUGCAGUGCUACAUCAGAUGACCUGGCCUCCACAAUCACCCGACCUCAACCCAAGAUGGUUUGGGAUGAGUUGGACCGCAGAGUGAAGGAAAAGCAGCCAACAAGUGCGCAGCAUACAGUGGGGAAAAAAAGUAUUUAGUCAGCCACCAAUUGUGCAAGUUCUCCCACUUAAAAAGAUGAGAGAGGCCUGUAAUUUUCAUCAUAGGUACACGUCAACUAUGACAGACAAAAUGAGGAAAAAAAUCCAGAAAAUCACAUUGUAGGAUUUUUAAUGAAUUUAUUUGCAAAUUAUGGUGGAAAAUAAGUAUUUGGUCAAUAACAAAAGUUUCUCAAUACUUUGUUAUAUACCCUUUGUUGGCAAUGACACAGGUCAAACGUUUCAUGUAAGUCUUCACAAGGUUUUCACACACUGUUGCUGGUAUUUUGGCCCAUUCCUCCAUGCAGAUCUCCUCUAGAGCAGUGAUGUUUUGGGGCUGUCGCUGGGCAACACAGACUUUCAACUCCCUCCAAAGAUUUUCUAUGGGGUUGAGAUCUGGAGACUGGCUAGGCCACUCCAGGACCUUGAAAUGCUUCUUACGAAGCCACUCCUUCGUUGCCCGGGCGGUGUGUUUGGGAUCAUUGUCAUGCUGAAAGACCCAGCCACGUUUAAUCUUCAAUGCCCUUGCUGAUGGAAGGAGGUUUUCACUCAAAAUCUCACGAUACAUGGCCCCAUUCAUUCUUUCCUUUACACGGAUCAGUCGUCCUGGUCACUUUGCAGAAAAACAGCCCCAAAGCAUGAUGUUUCCACCCCCAUGCUUCACAGUAGGUAUGGUGUUCUUUGGAUGCAACUCAGCAUUCUUUGUGUGGUCCUCUGUAGCUCAGCUGGUAGAGAACGGCGCUUGUAACGCCAAGGUAGUGGGUUCGAUCCCCGGGACCACCCAUACACAAAAAUGUAUGCACGCAUGACUGUAAGUCGCUUUGGAUAAAAGCGUCUGCUAAAUGGCUUAUUAUUAUUAUUAUUAUUAUUAUUAUUAUUAUUAUUAUUAUUAUUUGUCCUCCAAACACGACGAGUUGAGUUUUUACCAAAAAGUUCUAUUUUGGUUUCAUCUGACCAUAUGACAUUCUCCCAAUCCUCUUCUGGAUCAUCCAAAUGCACUCUAGCAAACUUCAGACGGGCCUGGACAUGUACUGGCUUAAGCAGGGGGACACGUCUCGCACUGCAGGAUUUGAGUCCCUGGCGGCGUAGUGUGUUACUGAUGGUAGGCUUUGUUACUUUGGUUCCAGCUUUCUGCAGGUCAUUCACUAGGUCACCCCGUGUGGUUCUGGGAUUUUUGCUCACCGUUCUUGUGAUCAUUUUGACCCCACGGGGUGAGAUCUUGCGUGGAGCCCCAGAUCGAGGGAGAUUAUCAGUGGUCUUGUAUGUCUUCCAUUUCCUAAUAAUUGCUCCCACAGUUGAUUUCUUCAAACCAAGCUGCUUACCUAUUGCAGAUUCAGUCUUCCCAGCCUGGUGCAGGUCUACAAUUUUGUUUCUGGUGUCCUUUGACAGCUCUUUGGUCUUGGCCAUAGUGGAGUUUGGAGUGUGACUGUUUGAGGUUGUGGACAGGUGUCUUUUAUACUGAUAACAAGUUCAAACAGGUGUCAUUAAUACAGGUAACGAGUGGAGGACAGAGGAGCCUCUUAAAGAAGAAGUUACAGGUCUGUGAGAGCCAGAAAUCUUGCUUGUUUGUAGGUGACCAAAUACUUAUUUUCCACCAUAAUUUGCAAAUAAAUACAUUAAAAAUCCUACAAUGUGAUUUUCUGGAUUAUCUUUUCUCAAUUUGUCUGUCAUAGUUGACGUGUACCUAUGAUGAAAAUUACAGGCCUCUCUCAUCUUUUUAAGUGGGAGAACUUGCACAAUUGUUGCUGACUAAAUACUUUUUUCCCCCACUGUAUGUGGGAACUCCUUCAAGACUGUUGGAAAAGCAUUCCUCAUGAAGCUGGUUGAGAGAAUGCCAAGGGUGUGCAAAGCUGUCAUGAAGGCCAAGGGUGGCUACUUUGAAGAAUCUAAAAUAUAUUUUGAUUUGUUUAACACUUUUUUGGUUACUACAUGAUUCCAUAUGUGUUAUUUCAUAGUUUUGAUGUCUUCACUAUUAUUCUACAAUGUAGAAAAUAGUCAAAAUAAAGAAAUGAGUAGGUGUGUCAUCUUUUGACUGGUACUGUAUAUAUUUGUCACGUGCCGAAUACAACAGGUGAAAUGCUUACUUACAAGCUCUUCCUCAACGAUGCAAAGUUAAAUAAAGAAAAUAAAACAUGUGAGAAAUAAAACACAUAAGAAUGUCAGCUACAGUUGAAGUCAGAAGUUUACAUACAGGUUGGAGUCAUUAAAACUUGUUUUUCAACCACUCCACAUAUUUCUUGUUAACAAACUAUAGUUUUGGAAAGUCGGUUAGGACAUCUACUUUGUGCAUGACACAAGUCAUUUUUCCAACAAUUGUUUACAGACAGAUUAUUUCACAUAUAAUUCACUGUAUCACAAUUCCAGUGGGUCAGAUGUUUACAUACACUAAGUUGACUGUGCCUUUAAACAGCUUGGGAAAUUCCAGAAAAUAAUAUCAUGGCUUUAGAAGCUUCUGAAAGGCUAAUUGACAUCAUUUGAGUCAAUUGGAGGUGUACAUGUGGAUGUAUUUCAAGGCAUACCUUCAAACUCAGUGCCUCUUUGCUUGACAUCAUGGGAAAAUCAAAAGAAAUCAGCCAAGACCUCAGAAAAAAAAUUGUAGACCUCCACAAGUCUGGUUCAUCCUUGGGAGCAAUUUCCAAACGCCUGAAGGUACCACGUUCAUCUGUACAAACAAUAGUACGCAAGUAUAAACACCAUGGGACCACGCAGCCGUCAUACCACUCAUGAAGGAGACGCGUUCUGUCUCCUAGAGAUUAACGUACUUUGGUGCGAAAAGUGCAAAUCAAUCCCAGAACAACAGCAAAGGACCUUGUGAAGAUGCUGGAGGAAACAGGUACAAAAGUAUCUAUAUCCACAGUAAAACGAGUCCUAUAUCGACAUAACCUGAAAGGCCGCUCAGCAAGGAAGAAGCCACUGCUCCAAAACCGCCAUAAAAAAGCCAGACUACGGUUUGCAACUGCACAUGGGGACAAAGAUCAUACUUUUUGGAGAAAGGUCCUCUGGUCUGAUGAAACAAAAAUAGAACUGUUUGGCCAUAAUGACCAUCGUUAUGUUUGGAGGAAAAAGGGGAACGCUUGCAAGCCGAAGAACACCAUCCCAACCGUGAAGCACGGGGGUGGCAGCAUCAUGUUGUGGGGGUGCUUUGCUGCAGGAGGGACUGGUGCACUUAACAAAAUAGAUGGCAUUAUGAGGAAGGAAAAUUAUGUGGAUAUGUUUUGAGUUCCCACUUCCUCAGGUGGGUGAAUUAUGUAGUAUAUAUCCUAGGCCAAUAUGCACAAAAGAUAUGCAGGCAAAUUAAUCUCUAAAGAGCCUCAAAUGAAUUGGAUCAUUCUGAGUCCUAUUUUGACAUGUUGCACAUCAAAAGAUCCAUCAUGUAUUCCCUGAACAUGUUAGAUAAAUAGCGAACUUCUUUCAUGUCUUACUUGGCACUGGAAAAAGUCAGUCUAGAGCCCUGCCGCUAAUGGAAAGUAACUCUGCAAUUAAAAAAAGUUGUAUUUAUCGCUAUCGCGCAAAACGGAUCAAUUUAUCAUCCAUUGGCGUUGUCUGUAUCCACAGUAUGUAAUGGUGCACCCUCUCUUUUUACUCACAGACCAACAGCAAGGCCUUCACAGCGAAGAUGUCCUGUGUGCGCCGGCGCUACAGUGAGUUUGUCUGGCUCAAGAAGAGGAUGCAGAAGAACACUGGCUUGGUGUAAGUCAUAGCAAUGUCCCCCAAUGUGCGUGGCUUUAAACUGCAUGUUUGAAAAAAAUCAUUUGGAACACCAAUGUGAAGUUGUCCUGUUAUGCAAGCUAUGGGUUAUUUUCUGUCCCUGUCUGUCCUAUAGAUCCGUCCCAGACCUGCCCAGCAAGCCCUUCUUCUCCUUUAGUGGUGAGGACUUCCUAGAGAAGAGGAGGAAAGGCCUACAGUCCUUCCUGGACAAGUCAGUUCCUCUCCUAAGUUAAUAAUUAUCAAUGACUUCACCAUUUCAAUUAUAGUGCUUGGUUGUUCCCUCUAUUUGUCAUUAUUGUCACACCUGAAAUGAGCACAAAGGAAACAUUUACCAUGACUAAUCAAAUAAAAUGAGACCCCAACAUUGAGCAUGGCAUUGGCGUACCUUUUCUUUCUUCAGAGUGUGCACCAUGACAGUGUGUCUGUCAGACAGUCAGCUCCACCUCUUCCUGCAAACCCAACUGCCAGUUGGUCACAUCCUGGACUGUGUGCAGGGCCACACCCCCUACACUGUGACAGAGGCCAUCCUCACCUACGGCUCAUCCAAUCAGGGCUGGGUUCCGGAAGAGGACUCGACCCAGGACCCAAGUCUUACUCCAGUUCCUUAUGAGUCCAUGGAGAGGUAAGACUGGAGUGUCAACAGAUGAAAAAGCACAACUGUCCACACAGGCACAAAUGAGGUGUAGUUGUGAGUUGAAACUUCUGGUGGGCUCCUGAAUAGACGUGAGUGUGUUCAAUGAACACAUUGUUUUAGGCCAGGAUUCAAUCUGGUCCGCAUUAAUAAUUUCUGAUUGAGCCGACAUCUGCAGCGUUUACUUUGAAUGCGAUCUCCGCAACCGCGGUAAUAUUGCCUUUAAAUGGUGCUUAGCUGAAAAGGGGCGAUUGGAUUGAAUCCCGGCAGAUGCAAAGUUUGGUAACAGAAUGACCGCACAAACCGUCAUUCUGUUACCAAACUUUGCAUCUGCGCUGUUCUUCAAGUAAAUGUGUUUUUGUGGAAAUUGUUAAAACUAGGCCUUGUGCAUAGUUGUAUGGUUUGUGUAACUUUGCAAUCAUUGUAUUUUUUUUUUUUACAUACAUUUUAAAGUGAAAAAUCGGGAGUCUCUGCAUCAAUUCGUUACCCAUACUUGUAUUUCAGGUUUUACAGUAUAAAGGUAAUGUUGAGUAUUGUUACUUCAUGGCCUUCUCGUUCCCCACAGCCCUGCUCCUCAUCUACCUACCCUGCAAUGUGAAGAGCCCCUCAACCCUGUGAACCUCGCCUCCAGUGAGCCAGAGGGCCUAAUGACUGAGAAGUUUCUAGCUGACGCCCAUGACAUAGACGCUGUGGAGUUACAGCUCAGUGAGACUGAGACCCUUUCCCUAGAGGUCACCCAGGAGGACCACAAUGUAUUCCAGGUAGAGGCCAUCCUGGAGACACACAGCCCAGUGGAGACUAUCUUUAAGUGGGAUGGCCAUGAAGAAUCUACCCCAGAGAGGCUCGAACAUGAGGAGGUGAUCCACCAAGGGGAUUGUCAACAGCUGACACUUGUGGAACUGCACUGUGAAAAGGACACAGGCUUGGAAGAGGGAUGUGUAACGGAGUUGAAGACUGAGAGGGUCAUUAAGGAGGAGAGCCAUGCUAACAUACCUACAGAUAUAAUUCAUCCCAAACAGAGUAACCUAGACCUAGGCCUGGAGGAGGAGUGUGAAUCGGAAGUGGCCCUUGAGGGUGAGACCCAUACAGACACGACUACACAGACAAUCCCUCCCAAACAGAGUAGCCCAGAGCUAGACAUCCAUGAGGAAACUCCUCAAGAUGGAGAUGAUGGCCUAAGGGAGACAGUUCUAGAGGACCUUAACCCUGCGGAGGAAGCUCAAGAAAGCAUCAGUCACGAGAAGAGAACCUCAGAAGGGGACUGCAACACAGUAACAGCCAUUGAGCUGGACAGCCAAGGACACACGGAUGAGAGAAACUCCCACAUAGAGAUCAGCCUAGAGGAAGACUGUCAUGAGAUCACAACCGAAGAAGUGGAAAGUGUGGAUGACUCAACCCAAGAGGUAGAAAGUGGAGAUGUUGCAACCCAAAAGGGAGAAGUCGAUGACUCAUUUCGAGGUGGAAAGGCGGCUCCCUAGGACAUUCAACAAGUAGAAGAUCAGCUGGACACAACCAAAGAGGUUGAGAGACGAGGAAAUGAAUGGAGAGGAUGGGGAGAGUCGGGAAUGGGGAAACAACAACAUCCGAUGGGAGUAAUAAGGAGAGCGACGACAAGGAUUCUGCCAAUAAUGAAAAUGCAACACGAGACAAAUAGCUACAUGGAGAAGGGAAAUUACCAAACAGACCGCACAGAGGCAGAAGAAGUCUGCAACAACACAGACAUUCUAAAGCCCGAAACGAACCAAGAUCCCUCACAUGAAGAAAUCACACCUGAGGUACCCAAU